GGCGUUUGACGAGUGAACAGAUGGAUGGAGGUGCUGCUGCUAAACCUUAUUUGACGUCCACUACUUUGUGCCAACCACGUUGCUGAGCACUUCAGGUGGAUUUCUCGAGAACAGAAACUGCAUAGAUGGCAAACAUGGCCUCAGCCUCAACCUCAUCCAGCAGUGAAAGUAAGUCACAAAGUGUGCUUACCUGGGAGCAAGUGAGCCGCUUGAACGAUGUGCUGACAGAGGCCGUGCCGGUUCACGGACGUGGCAACUUUCCCACCCUCGAGGUCCGGCUGAAGGAUAUUGUACAGAUGGUGAGAAACCGGUUGGAGCUGAGAGGCAUUAUGGUUAAAGAUGUGCGUCUGAAUGGCUCCACGGCCAGCCAUGUGCUGGUUAAGGACAUUGGCUGGAGCUGCAAAGACCUGGACGUCAUCUUCAGGGUAGACCUUCCUCGGGAAGAGGAGUUCCAGCUCAUCAAAGAUGUGGUCUUGAGCACUUUGUUGGACUUUCUACCAGAGGGUGUGAAUAAGGAGAAGAUCACCCCGAUGACCCUGAAAGAGGCCUAUGUACAGAAACUGGUCAAAGUUUACACCGAGCAGGACCGCUGGUCCCUCAUCUCGCUGUCCAACAACAAUGGCCGCAAUGUAGAACUAAAGUUUGUGGACUCGAUCCGGAGACAGUUUGAGUUCAGUGUGGACUCCUUCCAGAUUAUUUUGGACUCUGUGCUGUCAUACUAUGACUUGUCAGAAAACGCCAUGUCUCAGCACUUCCACCCUACGGUGGUCGGGGAGAGCAUGUUUGGUGACUUUGACGAGGCUCUGAAACACCUCAGGGAAAAGACCAUUGCCACCAAACGCCCAGAGGAAAUCCGUGGUGGUGGUUUGCUCAAAUACUGCAACCUCCUGGUGAGAGAAUUCAAGCCUACAGAUCCAGAUGAAUUUAAGGCUCUGGAACGCUACAUGUGCUCCCGUUUCUUCAUUGACUUUCCCGACAUUGUUGAACAACAGCGCAAACUGGAGGCUUAUCUUCAAAGCCACUUCAUUGGUGAGGAGAAGAAUAAGUACAACUACCUCAUGAUCCUGCGGCGGGUGGUGAACGAGAGCACUGUGUGUCUCAUGGGGCACGAGAGACGGCAGACGCUGAACCUCAUCUCGCUGACGGCGUUCAGGGUGCUCGCCGAGCAGAACGCUAUACCUGAUGUGUCCAGCGUCACCUGCUACUACCAGCCGGCUCCGUAUGUCAAAGAUCUGAACUUCAACAACUACUAUGUGGCCUCUUGUAACCAGUCCAUUCCAACUUGGUUGCCUUGUAACUAAGACACAAAGGAUGCUUAUUUGAAGACUAAAUCCAUCAGUUGGUCAGAACGCCAGAUAACUGGUCAUAAGGGAAGUUUCCUUCUGUAGACAUAAAGGAUGUUUAAAAUAUCAAAGGUUUUUUUUUUCUUUUCUUUUUUUUUUCUAUUUUUAAUUCCUUCUCUGCAGAGGUGCCAAGACAUUUCUAAUUCAAAGUGAUAUAUUUUAGUGAUUUGAAUGAUAUUAUUAUUAUUUUUUUUACUUUAAUAUGAAGUUUCAGAUUUGUUUGUUGCUCUCAUCUGUCCCUUAUCUGAGAGAUUUAUUUUGCAUAUUGAAGAGAAACAAAUUCCCAAAGUGCCUUAAUAGAUUCUAACCCCAAAAGUAAAGCGUAUUGGGACAAAUUUAUAUAUUUCCUGUGUGUUACAAAAUAUAAAUGCCAAAAAAAUAUAAUAAUGUUCUUAGAAAUUUGGAGAAAAAAAAUACAAAAAAAUGUUUGAAAGGAAAAAUAUAUGAAAAAUGUGAGCACAGGUGAAUUUGGUGUUCUAGGACUCGCGUUAUCAGGAGCUUUUGUUUGUUUUUUUUGGUACACUGGUGGGCAGCUAAAUUCUUUUCGUUUCCAUUAAUAGAAAUGUGAGCUGAACCAUGUUAAAGUAUUCAAAACGAUGUGCUUCAGUUUGCUGUGUGGAUGCGUUUUGGAGAAAUUGUUCAAUUUGUCAGGAUGUUCAGUCUUGGAAGUUACAUCAGUGAGGAGACUGAAAUCAAAAUUGGCUGCAGCGUGUACGAAAAGUUCCUUUUUUUCCCAUAAUGCAGCAGGAGCAGAAACAAGUCCAUUUAAUGAUUCAGAUUACGUGAGUCUACUAGUUAAACUUUCCUCUCCUCAUUAACAUUGUGUUCAUGUUGGAAGAGAUCAUGCUUGUCCAUACAAGGAUCAUCUGUUUGACGAUCUGUCCUCCUGAGCUUUUUGCGGCCAUUAGCAGACUUAGCACUGCUAUAUGUAACGAGACCUCCAGCUAACAGCAUUGCCAAGCCAAAUGGUGUCACAACGCUCUAAAAUUAUCCCUUCCUGCAGCUCUCAGGAUGUGCCUUGAAUGGACAGCAUGUGGGGUGGAAUUUCUAGUGAGCCGACUGUCUGUCCUGUGCUUCUGACUAGCGUCACUGUACAUGAGAAGUGAUCGAUGGUAUGUCACGCAGCCUUUUCUGGUAAUUGAGGUCUGGGAGGAGUUACAGACAUACCCGUGCUCAUUCAAAUGGACGUAAAAGCAUGCCAGAGUGGAUUCCAUUCCAGUUUUGGAUCUAAUUGAUGUUGCUGAACUUGCGGUUCUUCUUGAUUGGGUUUUAGUGUCUCCUCUCUUGGUCCGUUUGUCUGUGAAUUUGAUGUGAAGGCUUUAAGGAACAGCGCAUUUAUCAGCUGGGUUAUUUUGUGCAUAAGACCGUAUUAAUUUGUGAUUGCCUAUUCUUGUCUGUCUGUCUUCGAUCCACCCACCCUUUCCCCAUAAUGCACACGUGUAGAUCCUCUUUCGACAUCGGCCCAUUCAGAGAAGUCUAUUACUCUGCUAGCUACUCUUACGUAAUGGCCGACAGCUGCCCCCCUGCCCCUCAGGUUUCCUCUGCUCACGCGCUACAGCUCCUCCUGCUUCAGCUUGUACAAGCCUAUAUGCACCAGAUAACUAUGAGAGCCACGUUCCUUCUGUUAUCUGCCCUCACAGACUUCUAGGGUCACACAGCCUCCCUCUUACUGGUUCACACCCUAAAGCGCACGAGCCGGAAUGGAUUUUUACUCCUACGUCAGUUUAGGUUAGUUUUUUUUUUUUUUUUUUUCUUCUUCUCCCCCUCCCUCUCGGCCUCCCAUACCUGUCUUGCUGUGUAUUUUAGGACUGUGGACCAAUGUUUAAACCAGCAACAUGAGCACAUAUGUGCCUUUUAUUUUAUUUUUUUUUGUCGACAUCCAUUUGAGCUUUGCUUAGAAUUCAUGAAAGCAUCUAAAGACCUUGUAGCUCAAUCCUGUCUGGUUUCAGAACAGUUUGGCACCAUUAACUUUCUACAGUCGAUUUAACAAGGGUGAUGAAUUGAAUCUGAAAAGUUACACUUUUUUUUUUUUUUUUUUUUUUUUUUUUUUCGUCGUCCUCCUCCCCCAUGUGUAGUGUUCCAGUCAUUCCAGCUGUUGUCAUUUUUCACGUCUUCUCUACGUCACCCUCCUAAUCAAAGCAAUUACUGUGCACUGCAUUCUCAAAAGGCUAAAUUGUUGAAAUACCCAUGUCAAUAAAUGCACUUUACAGGCCUUGUCAUACUCCAAAGCCCUGUGAGCACACAAGCUGUAAGGUUGUGUGUGUCUGGGGGACAUGAAGGGCUACCGUGUCACAGAAUUUGUUCUACAAACUACUUGACGUGUAAAAUGCAUUGUUAAUGAGAUUUUUUGAUGUGCAUAACAUCAGAUCACCAGGAAAUACUCAGAGUAUUCAUCUGUAUAUUUGCCCAUUAGAGUUGCUCUUACCUUUUUGGCCUGUUUUUUUUUUUUUUUUUUUUUUGCCCCUUUUCAUUUUUGAUUUGUUAGUAUUUUGUAAUUGAGCAAAUAAACCUGACUAUUUUUAUUAUUAAUCUUGUCCAGAUGCGCUUAAUAUAGAUGAGGCCUGAUGUGAUGAGGCUUGGCUGAUUUCCUGUUUGAAGUCUGUAUGAAGUGCGUUUCAGGGAGUGUUUGAAAAUAGGAAAGCAUUCUUUUUGAGUUCUCCAUUUUCUUUUGUCCCCUUUUUUUUUUUUUAAUAAAUUAUGUCAGCUGUAAUUCCAGAUUCCUGCGUGUUAGCCUUUGAGAACACAAAUGUGUUGGAGCUUUUGUAACCCAGUUGUGUGUGUGGAAUGUUUAUUGAAUUUGAACAUGCUUGUCUAAAGUGCAAGUCUUGAUGAUUGAGGCCUUUUUGAAGCCCUUUAGCAACGUUGCAAGAAGAGUUGUGGAUUUCAGCAGAUCUUGUUUAUUUUUGUGAUCAUUUGUCUUGUUUGUCUGAGGAUGCUAAUGAUUGUGAGUUUAAAAAAAAAAAAAAGAAAAGACAAAUGGAAUAAGUCGCACUAUUGUUUUGAAAUCCUUAUGUUGGCUUACUGCCAGCGUGGUGAUCUAUGAUGUCGAUUCAUUUAUGCCAUUUUGUUUCUCAGCACUUUUUACCUCACUAUAAUUUUUCCUUUGGAUGGAAUUGAGAAAUAAGGAAAAUGUGUAUCAAGGGGAAAAAUAAAGUAUUGAAAGCCCAUUCUUUUUCAUGCUGUUUUCUUUGAAAUAAUAAAGUAAGUUAUUUUCUAUA